GAUAUAUUGUGUGUCAGCCAGUGUCAGCGUUACGUUCCCAAACAGAAAAUCCGCAAGCAUGAAGAUGUGGACAUCGUACCAUACUUUCGAUCACCCAUGGGAAACAGUGGUGAAAGCAGCUUGCAGAAAGUACCCAAAUCCUUGCAAUCCAUGUGUUUUGGGAACAGAUGUCAUCGACAGACGAGUCAGAGACGGUGUUCUUUAUUCACACCGACUGGUCACCAGCGAAUGGCGUUUCCCAACCUGGAUUUCGCCGUUGUUCGGUCAUCGAGGACCAUGCUACGCCAUUGAGUGGAGCGAAGUGAAUCCAGAGGACAGAGAAAUGGUGGUGAAAACUGUAAACGUGAGCCUGGGCAAGCAUGUCUCUGUUGGCGAAGAGGUCAGAUACAAACCGGACCCUAAGGACCCGCAGAAGACACUGUUGACACAACAGGCAAUAAUUUCGAUCUCGGGGGUUCCCCUAAUUGACCAGAUGGAGAGAUUGCUCACGAUGACGAUCGAGCAAAAUGCGAAAAAGGGACGACAAGCGAUGGAAUGGGUGAUCGAGAGGCUCCAGUCGGAAGUGAAAGAUAUCGCGACCUCGGCCGUGAAGUCGACAGACGAUCUGCUCAAUCAAACACGUCGUCAGAUCGACGAUAUCACGAGCAUCACGAAACGGGGCAUGGACGAUCUUCAGAAUGCGGCGAAAAAAUCGUUCGACGAGUUCCACAAUCUAACGGUGCCCCCGCCACCACAGUCUAUACCGAAAUUAUAGCUAAUAUUCCGCGUCAGCUUCGAUCUCUUUAACUAAAUAACGACGUAAAACUUGGAUGGAACGAUUCGGAACAGCCGGUAACAAGAGAUUCUAUAUGUAUAUUUUUUUUCAAUCGAAAACGGUUUCCUUAGCUGGGUAGUGGUGAACGCCAAAAGAGGAGUUUAUAUAGACGGGAGCAAGUGAACGCCACGAGUGAAACACGUGUGUGUAUGUAUAUAUAUGUGUGUGUGCACAGAGAGAGUGAGAGAGAGAGAGAAUCAAGUCACAUAAAUUCACUUUACAUCGCAUAAAGUCACUUCAAACGGAAUUCGCCUGGCUAUUUUAUCAAGAGAACGUGUCCACGACGAAAGGAACAAACUGUUUGUACGGGUCUAUCGUUCAAAUUUUCGAUACAUAGCCUGGCAAACAUGUACAGAGGAAUCGCAAUCAGACGUGCAAUACACUUAAAAACGAUCAAACACAGACGUACACACACACACCAAGGUAACGAGCGGACCAGCGAAGGUACAAACGUCUCUGUUUGUCCAACACACUUUUUCCAUACCGAAUAUAAAAGGUACACUCGAAUACACGCUGCCGAUCGUUCCCACAGAAGUUGCUUUAGUGAAAGAGAUGCGUAGCUGCGGCAAGCAAUUAAACUGAUUUAGGCGAUUUUUUUUUCCAAAGAUUUCGCGUUCUACCCCAUACUCCCAGCCUGACCGAAUAAACAGUUCCGUGAGAGAAUCUACGACAGUGUAUAGUAUUCCCACGAUGAUGUGUAUAUGUUUUUUUGAUGUGGCUAUAUGCAACCAAAACAACGCUUGAAGCUUCGUGGGCCAGUGUUCAGUUGUCACGUCGAAUGUGAUAUAUAUACCGAAAAGAAUUCAAGUAUCUUUUAGUUAUAACAAUCACACCUCCCACUCAAGUCUCGUGUAAAGCUUGCGCAGUUUUCUUCGGUCGUACUAGAGUGUUAGAAUCUUGAAGUUGCCCCCGUGGUCGCUGGAAACAAAGACAACACACGAAUAGUUAUAAUUAUUAGAUGUUUUUUAGCGAAUUAAAUGUGAUUUAAUGUACGAAAUCAGAAAAAAAGGAGGGAAAUGAACAUACAUACCGGAAGUCGCGUGUAACGUAUUAGUGCAUCCUUUUGUAACGUCUAACGAAUCCGGCAGGUAGCCACAGCAGCACGUCUACUUUUAACAUCACUAAAAUUAAAUAUAAAUAAAUACGA